ACUCGCCAGCCGCGUGCGCGAAGCAGCAGCAGCCGACAUCGCGCGUGUCAUCUCAAACGCGGCGCAGCCUAGUCGAGUCGAACAUCGUGGCCAUGUCCCGCGCAGGGCUUCUGUUGUUUUGUGUCGUCGUGUGCUCGGCUCACGAGGUCACCACCACCGACCACUCCUUCCGCAACCCAAAUGCGGCUGUCGAAGCUGAAAGGACCCACUGGUACAACGAGGGCGCCAAGGGCAUCGGUGAGCGGCUGCAACGCCAGGCCAACAUGGGGCGCGCGCGCAACGUGGUGCUCUUCCUGGGCGACGGCAUGGGCAUCUCGACGGUGACCGCUGCGCGCAUCUACAAGGGUCAGCGGCUGCACGGCCAGAGUGGUGAGGAGCAGCAGCUCUCGUGGGACAAGUUUCCGCACGUGUCCCUCUCCAAGACGUACGGCCUGGACGUGCAGACGUCAGACUCGGCGAACACGGCCACUGCUUACUUGUGCGGCGUCAAGGCGAACGUCGAAACACUCGGGGUGGACUCUCGCAUCAAGAGCGGCGUCUGUCACAGUGACGAAAGCACGCACCUGCCGAGCAUCAUGCAGUGGGCACAAGAUGGCGGCAUGUGGACGGGCAUUGUCACCACAUCAAAGGUGACGCACGCCACACCAGCGGGAAGCUACGCGCACUCUGGCCACCGUGACUGGGAGGCGUCAGUGCCCCAAGGGUGCCAGGCCGAGGAUAUCGCCUACCAGCUCGUCAAUCGUAAUCCCGGCACUGGCUUCAAGGUGAUUCUCGGAGGCGGAAGAAAGAUGUUCCGAGCCACAAAGGAUGAGGAAGGCAAGGAUGGCAUACGCAAGGACGGCAAGGACCUGAUCAAGGAGUGGCAGGACGAUAGGUCAAAGAAAGGCAAUGCCAGCUACGUGUGGAACCGCCAGCAGCUGCUGUCGGUCAUGCCUGAAAAGACAGACUUUCUGCUUGGAAUAUUCGACAACGACCAUGUGCCUUACGUGAUCGAGCGCAAUAGCCCGGACAGCACGAAGCCCACCCUGCCGGAGAUGACCAGGGUCGCCGUGGAGAUCCUCAGCAAGGCUCCCAAGGGAUUCGUGCUGCUCGUAGAAGGAGCACGCAUCGACAUGGCCCACCACAAGAGCCAGGGUGGUUCGGCCCUCGAGGAAGCUCUGGAGUUUGACCAGGCAGUUCAGGAGACGCGCGACAAGCUCAACGCGGACGAAUCUCUGCUGAUCGUGACAGCCGACCACUCGCACACGUUCACAAUGGGCGGCUACCCGAAACGAGGCACCAACAUUCUUGGUAUAGCCGGAUAUUCAGACAUGGACCAAUUGCCCUUCACUGUUCUCACCUACGGAAAUGGCCCUGGCUUUAAGGCUCCAAGUGAGAACUUUACAAACGAACAAGUUGCGAAACCAGACUACGUGCAACGGUCGGCCUUCCCACUUAAGGAGGAGACCCACGGCGGGGAGGACGUGGCCGUGUACGCCACGGGGCCCUGGGCGCACCUCUACACUGGCGUCCACGACCAGUCGUACAUUCCGCACGUGAUGGCGUAUGCUGCAUGCGUCGGCGACUUUGCGGGAGACAAAUGUGCCACGCCCGACGACACGGCGGGUGGCGCCUCCAUCCCAGCAUCUCAGAUGGCCGCCGUAAUAGCCUCGGUGUUUACAGCUCUUCUGCUGCGGUGACCUGUCUAAGGAGUGCCGUCUACACCAAGGCGACGUUUGUUUUUUUUUUUGCCAUGUUCACUGGCAUGUUAUAAAGCCUUGGGUGGUCAUGCCGUUAAGAUGUGGGCCGUUAAAUCACGGAAAGGGACAGCUGACGGCGAGUUACGCUGCACACAUUGUAGAUAGUUUUACAUGACCUAGUAACCGGAAUCAUAAUAGGUUACUGCAGAAUUUUCGUAACAUAUUACUGAACUGGUAGAGGGGCGGUGAAAGGGAGAACCGCGUGACCAUGACGCAUGUGUGAAGUUGUGAAAUCUCGUUCGCCAAUCAUUAUUGCCAGUGUGGAAAGCAAGGCAAAACUCUGGUGCCCUCUAAUGCGCCACAUAGGCUUCGAAAACACGCAUUGACGGAUAUGGACAUGCGUAAAUUUUCGCAAAAACUUUCUUGCCAAGGUAUUUAGAGAAAUUAAUAAUCUUUAUUCGCGGGAGCUUCCUGCAGAUUUUCUCGCGUGACGGCACUUUUCUUAUUCUGGACCUCUUCCCCUCAUACUGGUCAGCAACAUGGCUGGCUCGACUAGCCUUCAUGAGCGUUUCGUAUGCGUAGCGCGUGCAAGUUGCCUGAAUUUGGAAAGCGUAUGCAGUUAUGUUACAUGUUUCACGGAAGCCCUAGUUGUCUCUUUGAUAAGGUUCUGCUACCAACCAACCCAGUUGUCACUGGUGCACUGUAACGCUAAAAUUGGCCAAAAAUGAUGCCCCUAAAGACACACAGUGACGUUCAGAAUAUGAACCAAGUACACAUAGUGCAGCACGCGUAUGAAGUGCGCUCGCGGUCUGCCUGAAUAACGUUUGAUGAAGCCUUCGGAAUGUGCAUUUUCCCACUGUUGCUUCCCAAGCAGUGCAGCAUGACUUUAAUGGGAAAAACAGCAAUGAUGUGAAUUCUGCAUAUGAACAGCAUUUUCAGUGUGGACAAAAUGGCCCUUAGAGCUUCCACGUUAUCAGAACGUGAAAAAAAAAAAACGUGUGCAGUAUUGACUCAUGUGAUCUAGUCGUGCAUUUGCCGUGCUCACGAAGACAUUUCGUCUUCCAACAAUCCCACCAACAGAAUGUUUGUUUCUCACGUCUUCCUUGACAGCGUUGUGUCUAUUGCAGUUUGCGGAAAUACUUAAAACGCAUGCUAGGGAUUAUUUGGUUGUUUUAUCGGUAUAGGACUUGUUAUCAACAUGAUCCCAUUUAUGACGUGUUUCUGUUGGUCCUCUGAUUUCUUCUUUCUCUUGAUGACGAACAUUGUGCUGACUAUAUAUAGAAGGUAUUCUUCAAUGUGCAUAUUCUAACGUUUGUGAGUGGUUUUCAGGGUAUACCCUGAACACCACUGACAAACCUUGUGCGAUUGAUGAUUUGCUAAGUUCGAAAAUCAGCGUGACUGAUGAAGCUGGACUCUGUGGUAUUGGGCAGCGUACACUGUUUGACGUAUUGAGAGUGGAAUGAAGGUUGAUAUUUUGCUUGAAUUGAUGUGUGCUACUUCACUUUUGUUCUGGUGCCUUUGAAUGCGUAUCUCACGCCGAGCUGUGUGCACCUCUUUAUUCUGCUGCUAUUUUUACACGCUCCUCCUGCAGUGAUAAUAUAGCUGCGUGUGGGAUUCACAUUUUCUUGUAGGCAUAUGUUCUAAUUGACACCGCGGUGUUUACAUGCCAACCGCGCGUAACAUAAAUUCCCUCUACUCGUACAACACCAAACGCGGAGCGAUGCUAUGAAAUAGCCAUGCAUUGUUUUCAGCUAACUAAGACUACUGCUAAGUAAAAUGUAGUAAAAAAUAUGACCCUGAUACAGUGGUGUCUGGGUCAGUGUAUUUUUCAGUGUAAUAAUUUCAGUUUCACGAAGAUGUAGACGUUUCAUUGCACAUUAGUACUAGUAAUAGAGAGUACAUUUGCUCAAUAUUCAUUUGUUCUCUACACUUGAAAAAAUCUCAUAUGUUGAGUAGCUACCAAGACAAAUUGUUCCGUUUGACUUCCAGUAAAAAUAAGUUAUUUCUAUUGAACAUGCUGUUGUACUUCCCUGGAUGUCGAUCAGUGCGAAGGAAUAGAUAGAGCACACAAUAACAAAUCACUGUUGUAUGGCGGUCUAAUUUUGCCUGUCUUUUAAUUGCUAAGAUCUACGUUCUCGCAGCUAGGAUCAGUGAGAAGUAAGGCUUACGGCGACCUUCGCAUUGACAGUUCACGAAAAGAGCGAAAGGGAUGCAAAAUCAAUGAAUCGACGCAAACUGGCGCUGACAGUACCAUCUAUCCGAAUCCCUUUCUGCUCAUUUGGGGCCGGUUGUACAACAAUGGCAUCUCAGCUAGCCCAGUUACGCACCUUCCCUUAUACUGAGGCGCUGUAGUUUAAAGAAAAGGGUGUCUUUCACAUGCGCGUGUACAAAAAUAUCACACUUCUGGAAUGCCUCAGCUUGUACGUCUGGUUAUGGAGGCCAGUAAUUGCAUCAAAAAAUUAUAUACGAGUAAAAGAAAUGAAACACGUAAAUAUGCCUAAGCCAUCAUUCACGGCACUUCGCGUCAUAUUUAACGCGGAUUGCAUGAAUAAACUGGCAACUUCUGCCAUAAAGCGUUCAAAAGUUCAUAGAGUAUAUGGGUAUAUACGUUUGUAUUGGGUGUUUUUUUUUUUUUUUGCAGAUGCGUGAAUGUUUAAUUGAGCACUCGUUACUGUGAAACAGCACAUCUUAUUUUCGAAUACUGGUUUAAAGCCAAUUAUUAUAUCAAUAGUAAUGCAGAAUGCCAGAAUUCCAAUUUACUAGUCAUCACGCCAUUGUAGAAGAACCACUAGCAGAAUAUUUCUGGAACAAGGUGGCUUUGUUAAGGGUCAUGAUUUGUAGAACGCUGCGGUAUUGUGUAUCUGUAUCCCCUAUGGAGCCACAAAAUCUUGGUUUGAAAUAUGCUGUAAAACACAUUCUGCAUCGCUUUGAGCGCUUUGAUUAACUUUGUUGUGCCAUGAAAUUAUCUGGUGCAGUGUAUAUCACACCAGGGCUCAGAUAUUGUGAACUCACGUAAAUUGACAGGACGGGCAUUGUCAGAUACUUGUUCCUGCCUGCCUCUGCUCUGUGACUCUUCUGCAACUGCCAGAAUCCAUGCGGCUUACUCAGCCGCCUACUGCAUACAUGCAUCCUGCGCUCACAGCAAAUGCACAGUAGUAUGCCUCCCAACUUUCAUGAAGCCUGCGCUAAUUAUUCAGCAAAGUGGUUUUUAUUGGUUUUAUAUUUGUAGUGAUGUGUAGUAAUUUUUGUGUAUGCUGUACUAUAGAAUUCUCUUUAAAGCUGAACCUUCAUUGGUGAAGUGUAGACAAGAAAUACUGCUUUUUCGACUUACCAUCACUCCCAUUACGCUGCUAUCUAUUCACUCUAUGAUUGCUCACUAGAACUUUGCAAAUGAUAUAUAGAAAUUGAUUCAAGCAAGAGAAACACUGUGAUAACUUUUGUGUUUAAACGACGUUUUGGCAUGUGGAAUAAACGAGUUUUUAUACGGUG